CUUAACAGAACGAAUUCCGUUCAUACAUUUCAUUUGAUAACACGUAGGUGAAUAAGCCAGUUGAAUGACUCUUAGCUUCAUUUUUUGUUACAAGACUUCGUUGUUACUAACGCUUUUUAGACGUCUUUUUACUUGUUAUUUAUUUUAAGUUUGUUCCAAAGAUGGCAAACAACUCAAACAUAAAAUUUUUAUGGAAAAAGUAUGAAGUUAAAAAAGCUUACGUUUUCGCAAUAAUCAACGAGAACUUUAAAGGUCGUCGUUUUGAGAGACGUAUUGGUGCUGAUGUUGACUUCCAAAAUGUGAAGAAGUUGAUCAAGAAAUUUGGUUUUGAAGACAAUGUGAAACAGGAUCUGACUCAAGAAAAAAUGGAAGAGGAGUUCAAUAAAUUGGAAGAACCAAAAUUCAACAACAAUGACGCAUUUAUAUGUUUUAUAUCUACUCAUGGAGAGGGUGAGUACUUUAAAGACAGUAGAGGAAUUGAUAAAAAGAGAGAUGGAGUGUACGGCACUGAUGGUGAAAUUGUUUACCUUGACGAUCUAGUCGAUAUACUGGCACACAACAAAUCUUUGAAAGGAAAGCCAAUUAUUAUUAUUGCACAACAUUGCCGAGGAAGGGAAUUCACCCACAAGAAUUCUAGCGGUGAAGUUAUCGAGCAGAGUAUUCGUACUACCCCCAUCUCAAUACCAUCACAUCGCAAUGUUUUAAUUGCAUAUUCCACCGUUUUUAACGCUCAAACUUACCGAAAUACUGUAACAGGUUCAUGGUUCAUUCAUUACUUCACCGAAGCUCUCCUACAGCAUGAUGAAAACAUUUCGUUGAUUGAUAUUCUCUCAGAGGUGCAUAAUCUUGUUGCUAGACGUUCUUUCACAAACAAAGAUGACAUAAAACAGAUGCCUUGCUUUUCACACAGUCUCACGAUGUCUGUAUUUUUCAAAAAACCCAUUAUAGGAACUGAGAUCUCUUUGUCUAAGCCAGUUCCCACUCGUGAAACCCAACAAUCUGAUAAAGAUUCGAACUCCGAUGCUACCAAAAACCGAGGAGUUCCCACUAGUGAAACCAAACAAUAUGAUAAAAAUUCAAACUCCGAUGCUACCGAAAACCGAGGAGUUCCCACUAGUGAAACCAAACAAUAUGAUAAAAAUUCAAACUCCGAUGCUACCGAAAACCAAGGAGUUCCCACUAGUGAAACCAAACAAUUUGAUAAAGAUUCAAACUCCGAUGCUACCGAAAACCGAGGAGUUCCCACUAGUGAAACCAAACAAUAUGAUAAAAAUUCAAACUCCGAUGCUACCGAAAACCAAGGAGCUCCCACUAGUGAAACCAAACAAUUUGAUAAAGAUUCAAACUCCGAUGCUACCGAAAACCGAGGAGUUCCCACUAGUGAAACCGAACAAUCUAAUAAAGAUUCAAACUCCGAUGCUACCAAAAACCGAGGAGUUCCCACUGGUGAAACCAAACAAUCUGAUAAAGAUUCAAACUCCGAUGCUACCGAAAACCGAGGAGUUCCCACUGGUGAAACCAAACAAUAUGAUAAAGAUUCAAACUCCGAUGCUACCGAAAACCGAGGAGUUCCCACUAGUGAAACCCAACAUUCUGAUAAAUAUUCAAACUCCGAUGCUACCGAAAACCGAGGAGUUCCCACUAGUGAAACCGAACAAUCUGAUAAAUAUUCAAACUCCGAUGCUACCGAAAACCGAGGAGUUCCCACUGGUGAAACCCAACAACAUGAUAAAUAUUCAAACUCCGAUGCUACCGAAAACCGAGGAGUUCCCACUGGUGAAACCCAACAACAUGAUAAAGAUUCAAACUCCGAUGCUACCGAAAACCAAGGAGUUCCCACUAGUGAAACCCAACAUUCUGAUAAAGCUUUAAACUCCAGUGCUACCGAAAACGAAGAAAAUAAAGAUGUUUCAAAGACUGAGAUGGAAGGUAAUAAAGAUGUUCCAAAGACUGAGCGCUUAAUCGAGAAAGCUUUUGUUUUCAUAAUAAUCAAUGAAAUCUUUAAUACAAAGAAACGACAAGGUGCUCAAGUUGACUUAAGGAAUAUUCUACAAGUGUGCGAAACCUUUGGCUUUGAGAAACAUGUGGAAGAAAAUUUGAGUAGAGAUGAAAUGGAGCAGAAAGUCCUCGAGAAAAUAAAAAAUGAUAACUUUGAUGAAUACGAUGCGUUGAUUGUAUUCAUAUCCAGUUACGGAGAACAUAAUGACGUCAUUGGAGUAUGUGGUCAGAAGAUUUCUAUUGAUGAUUUCGUUAAGUCGAUGGCCAGAAAUCCAACCUUAAAUAACUCAAGAAAAAACAAGCCUAAACUUAUUUUUUCUGAAAAUAGUAACUACAUUAAGGUUGAAACCGAUCUUGGCAGUGACGUUCCAUUGCCUAUGCAUGCUGACGUUCCAUUGCCUAUGUAUGCUGACGUUCCAUUGCCUAUGCAUGCUGACGUUCUCGUCGCCCAUUCCAAUUUGCUUACAGGUAAAACAUAUCAUGACUCUGUGUUUGGUUCGUGGUUUAUGCAUUGGUUAACAACUUUUUUGAAGGAUUUCGGUGACAAAAUGUCGUUGACUGAUAUUCUUACUAUGGUAAAUGACUUCGUAGCUAAUGUUGAUGCGAAAGGUACGAGUCAAGUGCCUUGUUUUUCCAGCAGUUUGAGAAUGGCUCUUCGCUUUCAAAGAGCUGUCUUAAGUGAAAGGGCUUAUUGCAUCAUUGUAUGAAGACUAAAUAAUGAAUUAAUGUUUAAAAUGCAUUUGUUAAGCAAAUGACUAUUCCAUAUUUUUAAAGGAACUAACUGUGCUUGAUAAUUUGAACAAUAUUUCAUUUGUAUUUUAAAAACAAUACGUAGAAUUUGUAUUUUGCAACGUCCUUAUGUGACUGAAUGGCUCUCUAUACUCCUAUGAAACUGAGAGACAACUUAUGAUUUUCUUUUUUUAAAAAGAAAUCGCUUCUCAAUUUCGUUGACAUUCUGUAAGACAUUCAAAAUGCUAUACUCAUUUUAUGUGUAAUUUGAUUAUUUAAAUUAAUAAGCUCUUUGGGCAAUCGAUGUAACACUUAAUAAUUAAUCUCUCGAUUUUGUAAUUAGUUUUAAAUUGAUUUUCUUCUGUGUGCUUUUCUACAUAAACUACAACUUUUAGAGGCCGUUAGCUAGAAUGGCAAGAAAUUUGUAGUGUCAACAAUAUAUAGACCACCAAUGACCAAUGCAUCAACUGAUUUCUUUAAGGAAUUUAAGAAAUUUAUCAAAGAUAUUGACAAUGACAAUAAAGAAUUUUACACUCUUGGUGACUUGAACUGUGAUAAGUAAAGAUGAAAGCAUGUUAAUAAAGAAAAUAAAUCUAUUUAUUUAUAAACUAUAUCAAUUGUAAAGCUACCCGAUUAACUAUGAGAACCACCAGCCUUAUUCACCAUACAGUUAGCAAUACUCCUUGGUAUUCAUGUUUUGGAAUCAAUAUUUGUUGAUAUAUUUGUUCGUGUUUUGCAAUGUUACCACAUAAAAGCACAACAGGAGGUAAAUAAGUGGAGAGUCAGAAAAAGAAAUGUUUUAAUAAAUGUCUCAGCAGUCAA